UUGGGAUGGUGAGCACCGAUAUGUACUACCUGAAUAAAGUUAUGUCCAAUCUCUUCCUGGAAACACCUUUAUCUGAUACAGAUAAGACCGAUUUCACAACCAUGGGCAGCAUUACGGACUAUUGGGAGUUUCUAGAAGGACCACUUCUGGAUGGCCUUUUUUGGAACACAUGGUACAAUACCAAUUCCACAUCUAUACAUAAAAACAGCAGCCACAUCUACUAUGAGAACUUGCUGUUAGGAGUACCUCAGAUUCGGCAACUAAAAAUCCGUAACAACACAUGUUCGAUCUAUCCCUCUUUCCGGGCAUUUAUGAAAGUCUGUUAUGGUCAAUAUCGGUAUGUAUAUGAGGACAGAGAAAGCUUUGGCCUCAAGAAUGAUACUGAAUGGUUUUAUUCUUCCUCUCAAACGUUGUCUCCAUGGCACUGGGGCCUUAUUGGUCUGUACGGCAGCGGGGGAUUUAUGUUCACCUUGCCCAAGUCAAAGGAAAAAAGUCUGGAGAAGCUCUUGUUUCUCAAGAAACAUAGCUGGAUCACUAGAGGGACAAGGGCCAUCUUCAUUGAUUUUUCAAUGUAUAAUGCCAAUGUAAACCUCUUCUGCAUAGUCAGGCUAAUUGUGGAAUUCCCGGCAACAGGUGGAGUAAUCCCUUCCUGGCAGUUCCACUCUGUCAAGCUCCUCCGAUAUGUCUCCUAUUAUGAUUAUUUCCUGGCCUCUUGUGAAGUCAUCUUUUGCCUUUUCAUCUUCGCUUUCAUCAUUCAAGAAAUUACAAAAGUGAGGAAGCUGAAAAAAGAGUAUUUUAAAGAUGCCUGGAACUGGCUGGACAUGUUACUGAUCCUGUUGUCCGUUUUUGCUAUUGCCUUCAAUGUUUACCGGACGGUCGAAGUGUCCGAGUUAAUGGAAAAAUUGCUGUCCAAUUCAGAAUCUUAUCCAGACUUCUAUUUUCUUGGAUUCUGGCAGACCCGUUAUAAUAAUAUGAUUUCAGUGAAUGUCUUCUUUGCAUGGAUAAAGAUAUUUAAAUUCAUAAGCUUUAACAAGACCAUGACUCAGUUGUCUUCUACUCUGUCCCGUUGUGCUAAAGACAUCAUUGGAUUCGCCAUCAUGUUCUUCAUCAUCUUCUUCGCAUAUGCCCAGUUGGGAUACCUGGUGUUUGGAUCACAAGUGGAUGAAUUUUCCACUUUUCAGAAUUGCAUUUUUACCCAGUUCCGCAUUGUGCUUGGAGAUUUUAAUUUUGCCAGCAUAGAACACGCAAAUCGGAUUCUUGGGCCAAUUUACUUCAUCACAUUUGUGUUCUUUGUGUUCUUCGUACUGCUGAACAUGUUCUUGGCAAUCAUUAAUGACACAUACUCUGAAGUGAAAGCUGACUUUUCAGUUAUCCCAAGCAGAGAAUUUGAGAUCAGUGACCUUAUUAGACAGAGUUACAACAAAGCUUUAGUUAAGCUCAGAUUGAAGAGACAGACUUCACAAACAGAAGAUGCAUAUAGCAUUAAAAGAAAGGGACAGUCCGCAAGCAGAGUUGAUGUGACCAAAUCUUUUCACAAAGAUCUCAGCAAGAAGCCAAAAACACAGCCUUCCUCAAUUUCAGGAGUUUCUGAACCUGUUUCUCAGCGGGAAUUUCAGAAGCUUUCCAAAUAUAUUGAAGAUCUGGAGAAACAACUGAAAGAUGUGACACUUAAGCUUAAUGAGGUCUCAAAACCUGUUCCCAAAGCGUCUCCGGAAAAGAUAAAGAAGUGAGUGGAAAGAAUAGUGCACACGUUUUAUUAUGGAGUCUAUGGGAGGCUGCACUGCAUCAGCAGGCAUGGCAGUGGGC